AUGUUUAUUUUGAUUGAAUUUUGCGAAAGUUUUCCUCAAAAAAAUUAAAACAUUGUUUCCAAUGAAUGAAAUGAAUUGUUUGUCAUAUGACUGAUGCAAACAAACAUUACAUGACAUUAGUUGUCACAUCACUUGUGGAUCAUUUUGGAUGAAGUUGUCCAGCAAUUUGAAGACAUGGACAACAAUCCGAUACAAUCAGUUCUUCACUAUAUAUUGUCAUCAAUUCAAUACUUUUUUCAAAGCGGACUCUUUAUGUUAUUUUGUCGCAUAUUUGUUGUGUUUGUUCAGCUAUGGAUCAGCUCUUUGGCCAUCAUAUGGACGUCGAUAUUCAUCUAUUUAAUGCUAUAUUAUCAUUAUAUUCCUCAAGUAUGGACAGCCAAAGAUGUGCACAUUCAAUAUCACUCGACGUGCGACCGAUCGGUUAUCGAUAGCCUUUGUAUGAUACCGACGGCUAGAGUGGCCUUAAAACAGGGCAGAAAUGAUGAUGACUUUCAAAGAGGACAGACGUAUAGAUUUGCUAUUGAAAUGAAUUUACCGGAAAGUGAUGUCAACUGGAAUCAGGGGAUGUUUAUGGUUAGACUCAAACUACUUGACCAAAAGCAACGAACAGUUGUCAAUGUGGCCAAACCUACGGGUCUUAAGUAUAAGUCGACUCCAUUGCGAGUAAUCGUAACACUACUGUAUUGGCCACUAUUUGUUAUCGGAUUAGCCGAAGAAAAGCAACACAUUGUUGUCAAUUUGUUGGACAACUUUACGGAAGGAAGUUAUCCAAAGGUGGGUCCCGUCACUGAAGCGGUCAUUGAGUUUGAGGCCAGAGAUAUACAAAUAUAUCCGCCGACUAUUCUCAAAGUGGGCGCAGCCUUAACGGGUUUCCGAUACUUUAUGUAUCACCACUGGAUUAUUAGUGCCAUUGUUGGCAUCAUUUUCAUUGCUUCAACACUUUACUUCUUAACAUUUAUGACUUAUAUUAACCAUUUAUUUAAGUCUAAUAAUAAUAAUAAUAAUUAUAAUGUAAAUAACAUCCCUUCCAUUACCAAUGAUGAUACUGAUGAAACAAAUAAAGAUUAUAAAGAUAAUGACACCAUUAAUGAUCAAAUUAGUGAUGAACUAAAUGUUAAAGCAAAUGAAGAUAAUAAUGAUGAGUAUAGAGAAGCCGAGGCCAAGGCUGACCAACACGAAGAAUCAGGACUUACGGGUGAUAUCAAUGACGACUUGGAGUUAAGCAUUGAAAGUGAUGUCAGUAGUAAUAGUGAAACACAACAAAUACCCGACUCCUCCUUCAGUUAGAAUCGGUUACCAGUUUUCCACAAAAAAUAAAUGUAAUUUCUUGAUCUCAACAAAUC